AUGAUGAACGAAGAAGACGAUGAAAUCGAAGUGAUCGUGAAUGAAUUGUCGCCUAGUUUAGCGUUGUUUUUGGCAAUACAGAACCAUCGUCUGGGACCUACAAGUUUUGUUGGGAUUACCAAUUAUAUCCAAUAUACCGUCGAACGGUACACAGACGAAUUGUUUAAACAGCAUUUUAGGAUGUUACGAACGGCAUUUCAGGAACUUAAACGGCGAUUUGAAACAUUUCCAGAGGUGACUACAAAAGUAGCUUACGUCCCACCUGAUGUGAAACUAUACUUAACAAUAUGGACACUGGGAAACCAAGAUUCAUUCCGUGCAAUUGGGGAUAGAUUUGGCAUGAUGAAAGGUGAUGCCCAUUUUAUAUUUCUCACCACUUGCCUGAUUAUUAAAGCUAAUUCAACUAAUUUUAUUACAUGGCCGCAACGUAACCAACUGGUGGAUGUCGUUGAGCAAUUUUCGCUUCCCUACACAAUUGCCGUCGUGGACAGCACUUUAAUCAAAAUCUAUCAGCCAAUGCAGCAUUUCGCUGCUUACACAUGCCGAAAGAAAUUUUGUGCAGUUAUUUUGCAAGCAACUAGCACGAAAAGUCUUAAAUUCACCAGUGUUAGUACGGGCUGGCCGGGUUCCAUGCACGAUGCCCGUGUGUUUGAGAAUAGCGCAUUAGGACGACAGCUACCGCAAAUACUUGGGGGAACUGGUUAUCAUAUAUUGGGAGAUCAGGCUUAUCCGCUUUCUGAUUACCUCAUGAAAUCAUACCCAAGAACGAGGUUAACCGAAACGCGUCGCAGGUUCAACCGCACUUUGAAUAGUGACCGGGCAUGCAUAGAACGCGCAUUUGCGUUAUUAAAAAAUAAAUGGCGGAGACUAAAAUUUUUAUACAUGCUACGGCUGGACCUCAUUCCCAGCGUUAUCAUAACUGCUUGCUGUCUCCACAACUUCGUCAUCGAAAUAGAUGGAAUCGACCAGGGGCUUUUGCAAGGCGCGGAAGUUGAUGAAAACGAAGAUCACUUCUAUGAAGACAACAACAAUAGGUUGAAUGGCAAAGCAAAACGUGACCGAAUAGCAUCUAUGCUGGAAUUCUGA